CUCCUGUCACCCUAGGAUGAGAAGAACCAGCUGAUGACAACCAACGUGUGGCUGAAGCAGGAAUGGAUGGACCACAAGCUCUCCUGGAAUCCAGAGGAGUACGGCGGCAUCACUGCCAUCCGUGUGCCUUCCGAGUCCCUCUGGCUCCCCGACAUCGUCUUGUUUGAAAAUGCCGAUGGACGCUUCGAGGGCUCCUUGAUGACCAAGGUCAUAGUGAAGCACAACGGAGUGGUAACAUGGACGCCACCUGCCAGCUACAAGAGCUCCUGCACCAUGGAUGUGACCUACUUCCCCUUUGACAGGCAGAACUGCUCCAUGAAGUUUGGGUCAUGGACCUACGACGGCAGUAUGGUGGACUUGGUUCUAGUGGAUGAAAAUGUGGACAGGAAAGACUUCUUUGAUAACGGAGAGUGGGAGAUCUUAAACGCCAAAGGCAUGAAAGGCAACAGGAAGGACGGCCUGUACUCCUACCCGUUUGUCAUGUACUCCUUCGUUUUGAGGCGCCUUCCACUGUUUUACACUCUUUUCUUAAUAAUCCCGUGCCUGGGGUUGUCCUUUCUGACUGUCCUGGUGUUCUACCUGCCUUCGGAUGAAGGGGAGAAGCUCUCGCUGUCUACAUCAGUUCUCGUCUCCCUCACUGUGUUCCUGCUGGUGAUUGAGGAAAUAAUCCCUUCUUCUUCCAAAGUCAUCCCUCUGAUCGGCGAGUAUUUGCUGUUCAUCAUGAUCUUUGUGACCCUCUCCAUCAUUGUGACCGUCUUCGUCAUCAACGUCCACCACCGCUCCUCCGCCACUUACCACCCCAUGGCACCCUGGGUGAAGAGGCUCUUCCUGCAGAAGCUUCCCCGGCUGCUCUGCAUGAAGGGGCAUGUGGAUCGUUACUCCUUCUCAGAAGCCGAGGAAAAGGGAACCACGUUGAAAUCGAAGCCCCCAGGGAAGCAGAAACACAAGCAAGCGAAAGAUGGUGAGAAAGUUGUUAUUGCCUUUCUGGAGAAGGCAGCUGACUCCAUCCGGUACAUCUCCAGGCAUGUUAAGAAGGAGCAUUUCAUCAGACAGGUGGUCCAAGACUGGAAAUUUGUAGCUCAAGUCCUGGAUCGGAUUUUCCUGUGGUUGUUUCUGGUGGUGUCAGUGACAGGUUCAGUUCUCAUCUUUACCCCAGCGUUACAGAUGUGGCUGAACAGUAGUUCGUAGAAAAUGCUCCCAAAUUAGUGUACAGCAA